ACUACACCGGCAGUAACAGAAUCAUAGUUCAGGACGCAAACGAAUGCCAGGAAUGGUCAGUGAGUCAAAGGACCUAUCGAAAACAAUCAGGUGCACGUGACUAGACUCGUGGCUGCACCAAACAUUGACUCACUGGGGUUAAGGGGGUCGGACGACUGGCCAUUCCACCUCCGUGGGACUGUAGCCUGAAAACGUCAAUUUGCCACAUCAGAAAGCACAGUAUGAGGUCAGCAUCUGGGACUAGGGCAAUUGCCUCCUCCAGGUGGUGGCAGGAAAAGGAGGAAUGAAGAAGAUAACGCGUGUCAUCCGGAUUCCAGUUCAGUUCUUGGGUAUACAAAUAGAAGAUGACUCCAUUCCUGCCUUUAGUAUAACAAGUGCUCACUGUAACCGUGAGAGAGGAUGGGGUGUAAGGGACACAACCACUGAAUUUCACAGCAACGUGAUAAUGCCAGAUUAUAAGGCCGUUUUCAACCCUGUAUGCCUAGAGCCCAGCACUGUGCCUGGCAAAUAAAAGGUGUUCAAUAAAUACUCGCUGGAUGGAUAAAGACGGAGUUGUAUAGGCACAGAGAGGGCAACUGUAAGACGCUGGGAGUUGUUAAAAGCUUCAAAGAGGAGAUAGUUAUUUAAACUUUGAAGGAUGAAUUCCUAGAUGAAGGAGGAAUAAAGACAUCCCCGACUUUCUCUCUCUCUUCCAAGAAAUCCUUACUUAUUGUUAUUUAUCUAUCCUGGAUCCACAUAGCAAGUCCUAUCCUGCCUAGAAUGGGUUUAUCAACAGAAUCAAGUGUCAGUCGGGCCUGCUGGGGCAACUGUGAAAAGUGUGCUUCACUUGGAACGUGCAAACUCAGCUCCACUGUAAAAGCCUCCAUCUCUGAAUAAAUUUUAUGGAAACUUUGAGUCUUUUCACGUCUUUCACGACACAAUUUUCGGCUGGUGCGAUUUUCCUCCUUGGUUCUUCAAGGUGACCAUAUCAGAUGAUAUAGCUUGGGGGGCAAGAAGAAGAAUAAAGAAGGGGUUAGAAGAAGUUCACUGGAGAAUGUGGAUGGGUCCAGGGAAGGUCCUGGUUCAGCGAUACGACUGGUUGACUUUCUUAGAAUACAGUGUCUGACCUACGGGACGGAUCUGCAAACACCCUAAGUCACAAUCGGCUUGAGUCCUGUGGUAGCUUACUCUAGCAAAGUACCUCUUAAAGCUUACGUUCCAAUUUAUGCAUCUAACGAGGUUCCGCUGGGACUCAGGAACGAAAGCGUUAAUCUUCGCAGUGUUUUCUGUCACCAGAAGGUCCCACCCUCCUAAGACGGCUACUUAAUAGUCCACUCUCGCGAGACUAUGAAAAAUGUGAGGCUUUCGUUUAACCCCGCCCCCAGCCCUAUGAGUUACCGAGCAACGCUGCAACCAACCUCCACAGUGCUGAGAAACGUAGGAGCUUGUGAUCUGUCCCCUUCAGGAGCCGGUGUCGGUGAUUCCGACUUGAGCCCCACCCCCUGGAUCCUGCAGGUGCUCGAUUGGUCCAUGGUUCUCUCCAGACAUCUGAAGAGCUGCCAUGUCUGAGAAUUGUGCAUCUUCCUCAGAACAGAACAACAGCUAUAAAACUAAAACUUCAAAUCUUCGAAUGUCAGAGAAGAAAUGUUCAUGGGCCUCCUACAUGACCAACUCCCCCACUCUCAUUGUUAUGAUUGGUUUGCCAGCCCGGGGUAAAACCUACGUAUCCAAGAAACUAACACGCUACCUCAACUGGAUUGGAGUGCCCACCAAAGUGUUUAAUCUUGGGGUGUAUCGGCGUAAAGCAGUCAAGUCCUAUAAGUCCUACGACUUCUUUCGGCAUGACAAUGAGGAGGCCAUGAAGAUCCGCAAACAGUGUGCUCUGGUGGCACUGGAAGAUGUGAAGGCGUAUCUCACUGAGGAGAGUGGGCAAAUCGCGGUGUUUGAUGCCACCAAUACCACCAGGGAGAGAAGGGACAUGAUUUUGAACUUUGCCGAAGAGAAUUCCUUCAAGGUAUUCUUUGUGGAAUCUGUCUGCGAUGAUCCAGAUGUCAUUGCUGCCAAUAUCCUGGAGGUAAAGGUGUCAAGCCCUGACUACCCUGAAAGGAACAGGGAGAAUGUGAUGGAGGAUUUCCUGAAGAGAAUUGAGUGCUACCAGGUCACCUACCGACCCCUUGACCCAGACAACUAUGACAAGGAUCUUUCUUUCAUCAAGGUGAUAAAUGUGGGCCAGCGGUUUCUAGUCAACAGAGUCCAGGACUACAUCCAGAGCAAGAUCGUCUACUACCUCAUGAAUAUCCACGUCCAGCCUCGCACCAUCUACCUUUGCCGGCAUGGAGAGAGCGAGUUUAAUCUUUUGGGGAAGAUUGGGGGUGACUCUGGCCUCUCGGCACGGGGAAAGCAGUUUGCCCAAGCUCUACGGAAAUUUCUGGAGGAACAGGAGAUAGCAGACCUCAAAGUAUGGACAAGUCAGUUGAAGAGGACUAUCCAGACUGCUGAAUCUCUUGGGGUGACCUAUGAGCAGUGGAAGAUUCUGAAUGAGAUUGAUGCCGGCGUGUGUGAGGAGAUGACCUAUGCAGAGAUUGAGAAGCAGUACCCAGAAGAGUUUGCACUUCGAGAUCAAGAGAAGUAUCUCUAUCGAUAUCCUGGUGGGGAGUCAUACCAGGACCUGGUGCAACGGCUGGAGCCUGUCAUCAUGGAGCUGGAACGUCAGGGCAACGUCCUCGUCAUCUCCCACCAGGCUGUCAUGCGCUGCCUCCUGGCCUACUUCUUGGAUAAGGGCGCAGAUGAGCUGCCGUACUUGAAGUGCCCUCUCCAUACCAUCUUUAAACUUACUCCUGUGGCCUAUGGGUGCAAAGUGGAAACAAUUAAACUGAAUGUGGAGGCUGUGAACACUCACCGUGACAAGCCAACCAACAACUACCCCAAGAUCCAAACCCCUGUAAGGAUGAGAAGGAACAGCUUUACGCCUCUGUCCAGUUCGAAUACAAUAAGGCGUCCGAGAAAUUACAGUGUUGGGAGCCGGCCCCUCAAGCCCCUCAGCCCUCUUCGUGCCCUGGACAUGCAAGAAGGGGCCGACUAGCCGAAGACCCAAGAAGGAAGGGGCGGUUGGUGAGAGAGAAGUCCAGGCUCUGCUGAUUCUUUCUGCAGUGGACCUGAAUGGAUCUGGACUGGGGGAGUCUUUCCUUCCCUUCUCCCUUCCUCUCCAGCCAGGUCCUGAGGGUCAUCCUAGGCUACAGAACAUCCACAAAAUGCUCUGGAGCUUGCAAGUGGACUUAGGGCCUUGGCAACUGAACACAGAUCCCCCUCCAUGGCGUCCCUCACCUUGCUCUCCUGAUGAUGUGGAGGCUGAGGCCAGACCUCUCCGAGGAACUGGGAUCUACUGGAGAGCUUGGGAUGUCAGCUCCACAGAGGCUAGCACAGGAAGUUAAGUGGGGACUGGACAUUUGGGGCCACAAAAGUGAGGCCUGGAAAAACAUCACCACAUUUCUUCCCCUCAUGCCUAAUGGGAAUAUCAGUCACACUGAAAAACAACUUGUCUGUGCCUCAAAAACAUCUAACUGCCUGAACCAAUUUUUAUCCUCUCUUUACUGAGUUCGGCCCAAGUUGGUCUAUCUCCUUCCAUUUAGGCAUUUAACAUCCUACCUGUGACUGUCCACAUCCAUUGCUAGCUAUUUGCCUGAAGUGCAGAUACACCACUGCAUGAUUAGUUUCCAAGUGAGAGGGCUGAACCCCAGAAAGUCUUUUCUGGGCAAUAAGAGCUGCUAUCUGCAUCCAUUCCAGGUGAGCAGGCUAGAGCCUAAUGUAUGUAUGCAAACAGUCACCUUUUGCUACAUUAGAAAUGAGAAAUCACCAGGUGAAGGGAGGGUAUCUGAGAAAUUCAGUCCCUAAAACAUCUUUUCUGCAGCAAUGGAAAAGCAGUAGAAGUAGCAGUAUUUCUGUUUAGAGACGUUCUUGUUCCAGGUUCUUUAGGGCAGGAUCUGACUGCAAGACCCCCCCAAAUUGAUAUCCAUCUCUCAGUUCUCUUUUGUAGCUACUGCAUUUUCUACCUGAUGCAUGUGCCUCUCACAGCUGAAGAGGGCUAAUGUCAUUCUCCUGGGUAGUUGGGAAUGAGAGUUGGAGAGAAAAGUAGGGUGCUGUUUAUAUCAUAUGAAGAAGUAAAGAGGACUCCUUGGGAAUCAACUCUGCCAGGGAGUAUUUUGGCUUCAAAACAGGCCCAUCUGUGGCGUCUGUCACCGUGACAUGGUCUCUAAGAAAGCUAUGGCAGUGACCUCAAGAGCAGUGGUCUCCUGAUGCCUGACUUUUAGCAGGUUGCCACUAUUGUGGUCAGCUGGUUUCUCAUGUAAAACUUUGUGGGAACGGGAGAACCAAGGCCUCAAUGCAUUGGUAAUUUGGUUUCCCUAGCAGAUAAGCCGGGUAACUGUUCCCUAGAUCAGUGGUUGUCAAAUGUACAAAUAUGUCUCUGUGAAUGUGAUUUUAGUAUGUCACUACUCCUGAAGGAGAGUGUGGAAUCCCCAAAGGAUAUUAUGUCUUACAAGCAAAAUCUAUUUUUUUUUUAAAGAAUAGUACAUUUUUAGCUUAAAAAAUUUUUUUAUUUUCACUCAGAUGCCCACUUGCUGGGCAAAAAGGUGAGUAGCAAGAAAAGUAUGAAAUGCAGCUUUUCCCAAAUGGUUCUUUUAUACUGUGGAUGAUACGGGACUUUGUUACCUAAGAUGUGAUGAGCUGGGCUGCAGGCGGCUCAGCAUCCAGCAACUAGGAGCUUACUUUAUACACACAAGGCUACCUUCAGAACGGCUCCUUACUCUGCUCUGUAGCAGAUGAUUUUCAUCUGGCUGCUUGUAGCAUGCUGUACUGUAAUGGUUUUGUUCUUGUGAUGCGGUUUUCUUUCUGCAUCUAAAUACACAGUCUUUUGAUGAUCAGACGAUGUUUUUAUUUAGUUAUUUAUUUUAUCAUAUCAACGUUUGCAUGUAUUUAAUUAAAAUGUAAUGUAAUUUAUGUUGUCACCUUUUUGGUAGAAAUUUAGGUAGCUUGAGCUUUUAAGUCUAAUGUCCAUAGUAUUACCUUAAGUUAAAUUUCUAGAAUGUGUAUAUCUGUCUUCGUGAAAGGAUAAUAACUAUGUUAAGGCACAGUGAGUUUUUUUGAAUACUUUUUUCUCAUUGAUUUUAAUUGUAAGUUUAAACCAAGAGAUGCAUUUCUCUGGAGAAAAGUUUAUCUCCUGGGUAAAUAAAAUCAUGCUAAAAUAUGUGAGUAAUAUGUAUUGCUUUUGUAAUAAGAAAAUACAAUAAAAGUUAUUUUAAUUAAAAAA